AUGGGCGUCCUAUUACCUCGUCAAUAUUAUUGUGACGGCGGUUUUUAUGACAGCGGCAACUGCUCUUCACCGUGGUCGAACUGGGGCCGAUGGGUUGUCCUCGCGGUCAUCGUUGCGUUUGGUUUUAUCGUCUUCUUCGUUAUCACAUGCGUCAACGCCCGUCGUCGCCGCAGACACGGACAGAAUCCUCUACCAGGCACGGCAUGGAUGGCACCUCCUCCAGGGCCUCCUCCAGCACAGUAUUAUCCGGAUCCAAACUAUCCCCCGCCACCGCAGUAUUCGCCGAACCCUCCACCUGCUCCGUCGUACUACGCACCUCCACCGCAACAGGGAUACUUUGGUGGACAGCAGCAGAGUGGCAUUGAGCUGCAACCGCCGCCGAAUGUCUACCAUGCUGGGGACCCGGUAUAUCCACCUCCUCCGGGACCUCCUCCGCCAAAGGAGUGA